GAAAAAGAUUGAAGUUGAAGUUGAAAAAUGGUAUUUGAAGGUUGAAGUUGUGUUUAGACAUGGAUUUACUAGCAAGAAAGUCAAUUUUUGUCUUGGGAGAAAAAAGAAUUCGCUGUUUUUUAAAAUUUUAAAAACUCAUAUUCUUCGAAAACUAAUCAUUCCAACAUAAGACCAAAUAAUAUUUUAAAAAUAUUUUGGGAAAAAGUUUCCUUGUCCAAACGGGCCUUAAUUAAGUGUCACCUUAUUAAGUGCACACACGUCAAAUUCAUUUACGAUUAUGGAUGGAUCUAGGGAUUACAAGGGUUCAUCUUGACCUUCUUUGUAAAAAAAUCACAUAAUAUAUACAAUGUUAAUUAUUCUUUAUGAAUAUAUAAUGAAUGUUAAUUCGUUAUUUUAGCUUCUUCAUGUGUUUAUUUUUUUAUAUAUUUAAAUUUCGUUAGUGAAAAUUCUGAUUUUGCUAGUACUAUUUAUAUAUCUAUAAAAAGUUAGCAGAAAGUAAUAGAUUCAGUCGAACCGGCAGAAACCUUAGCCUCUUACAUAUUGUCAUGGAUUUUCUUUCAUGACUUAGUACAGAGUAAACGGAUCAACUCACAAUGCAGAAGUUAAUUCUUGAUGGCCAGGAGGAUACUAUAGAUGAUGAGUCUGAUGAAAGUAACCAAGUUAAUGAUCAAAGUAUAGUUGUCCCAACUAUGCUCAAUGCAGCUGCUGAUGGCUUUGUAAAGAAAGAAAAGUCAUGGUUUGCCACUUCUCAGCUUCCAAGUGAUUUAUCAAUUAGAGUUGAAGACAUCACCUUCUAUGUUCACAAGUAUCCACUAGUUGCAAGGUGUGGCUACCUAAAUCAAAUUGAACUUCACGAGCCUCAAAAUUCACAUCUAGGCUAUGACCUCAAGCUUGAAAAGUUUUCAGGUGGAUCAGAAACUUUUGAGACAAUUCUAAAAUUUUGUUAUGGCUUGCCAAUAAGCCUAAAUCCAACAAAUGUAGCAGCAUUGAGAUGUGGAUCAGAAUUCCUAGAAAUGACAGAAGCAAUGGAAGAAGGAAAUUUGAUCUCGAAAACGGAAGCUUUCUUCACAUUUGUAGCCCUUACAUCGUGGAAUGACACAAUCACAGUAAUCAAAUCAUGUGAAACGCUCUCUCCGUGGGCUGAAAAUUUACAGAUUGUGAGAAGGUGUUGUGACUCAAUUGCCUGGAAGAUCUUUAGAGAAAAUUCAUUGACAGGGGAUAUUAUAACCAACGAAGAAAAGUGGUGGUUCGAUGAUGUUGCCACUCUCCGUAUUGAUUUCUUCUUGAGAAUCAUAACAGCAGUGAGGGUAAAAGGGAUCAAACCUGAGAUCAUCGGUUCGUGUAUCAUGAACUAUGGUGACAAGUGGUUGCCAAGCAUGAAUAACGAGGCGAGAGGAACGGAUAUCAAAUAUGGUACUAAUAGAAGGAACGAUUCGCAAUGGAGCAUCACAAGUGGGAGGAAUAGGGAAAUGAGCAAUGGUCAGAACAAGGAACAGAGAACAAUUAUAGAGAGCUUAAUUAGUAUAUUACCUCCACAGAAGGAAGCUGUUUCUUGUAAGUUCCUUUUAAAGUUGUUGAAGCUGUCAAUUUUCUAUGCUGCAUCACCAGCACUGAUUUUCGAGCUCGAGAAAAGAAUUGCAAUGGUGCUCGAAAACGCCAGCACCAAUGACCUCUUGAUACCUACAUAUGCAGUUGGUGAACAAACACUAAAUUCAAAUGAAGAACAGACCAUCCACAAUAUAGAUGUGGUGCAGAGGAUUUUGGAUUAUUUCUUAAUGUAUGAACAGCAAAGACUGCAGCAACAAGAACUGAAGUCAACAACGUUGAACAUCAGUAAAUUGGUUGACAGCUACCUAGCGGAAAUUGCGAGAGAUCCCAAUGUAUCUAUAACUAAGUUCCAAGUUUUAGCUGAAUCCUUGCCCCGACAUGCCCGAACGUGUCAUGAUGGACUCUACAGAGCCAUUGAUACAUACCUUAAGACUCAUCCUUCACUGUCUGAACAUGACCGACGAAGGCUAUGCAAGAUUAUGGAUGGCGGAAAAUUGUCACUUGAUGGAUGUAUGCACGCUGCACAAAAUGAAAGGUUGCCUUUGAGAAUUGUUAUCCAGGUUUUGCUGUCGGAGCAAGUGAAGAUGAGGGCUGCAGUACAAGGGAAAGAUAUUACAGGGAGUGAUGAUAACUUGGACAAGGAAAAUUGUUGGUCCUCAACAAAGAACGAGGUCAAGUCCCUUAGAGAAGAACUUGAAAAUGUUAAGAUGCAAAUGGCAGAGCUUCAAAGGGACUACUCUGAGCUGCAACAAGAAUAUGAAAAGGCGAAUAAUAAGCAUAGAAGUUCGUGGACAUCCGGAUGGAGGAAGAUAAAAAAGUCCGCGCAUUUCAUUAGAAAAAUGGUCGAGGAUGAAACUCAGGAGCGCAAACAUAGAGUUAAAUCAGGCCGCAGAAGGCAAUCCAUAUCUUAAGUGCAAAAUUUAUACUUGUUCUUAUGUAUCUGGCUCAUGAACUCAUAAAAUUACCAACUCUGUCUAAACAUAGGAUGUUAGUUUUGUUGUUUUCACUAUUUUCGGGUACACAGAAUCUGUAAUUUGACAGAAUAACGUCAACACUAGUUCAAGUUUAAGACAAGAACACUAUGAAGUACAACAACACCCUCAACACAA